GGCUGCCACAGGAGUAGCGACAAUGUUUAAUGCACCAUGCGGUGUCCGGAGUCCAGUCAGUGAGAGGAAGCGCUCGCUGUGCUUAGGGCUGUGUUACGUGCUGGAAAUAGUAAGUAAUGAAUGGGCUUGUGUAGAUAAAAAAAAAAAAAAAUCUAAAUUUUCUCUGACAGCAGCAUGGAGACUUAAACCAGAAUGCGGCAUUGUUGCUGACCACUUCCACAUGAGCUGUCUGUGCGCACUUUGACGGGGGACGACGCACAAGGACAAACUGUCACUACGAGAAUCAGUAACUCUGAGCUCUGAGUCUCGGACGUGGGGAGAGAACACCGAUCGUCCUUUAAAUAUCCACAAGGGAUAUAGGCUUCCUUUUCCACACAUCUGGAUUCUUUUUCUUUUGCACAAUAAUUCUCACAACCCUGUUCCAUCCUGAAAACAGUGACUCACUGCAGGCAGGAGGCGAGCCGCUGCAUCCUAAUCAGACAGCGGAGAGGACUUCAGCUCAUUGACAUUACAGUCAUACUUUGGAGCACUUUUUUUUUUUUAUUUCUACUGCACUGUACUGUAGAGUGCGUGUGCAUCGGAGGCUUGUGGCUUACUGCACACGGAGGAGAAGGAGGAUACGGGUGGUACCUUUAGUAAAGUGGAAAAUGAACAAUCUCUUCAACGCGCUGGAAUUGAAUGUUUUGAUUUUUACUGUUACCCUUUUGAACUAAUGGAACAGUUUCUCCCAUGAUGAAUUACACAUGAGCUGUGUCUCAUUUUUGGCUUGGCAGUGGAUCUGAGUUCAUCUGAUUUCUCUCUGGCAGGGUGAUAUGAGUGAACACUUACAAUGACUAUUCUAUUGGAGUCUGGAUCUCGAUUAUUGUUGAGAUGAGUCUGGGUGCUCAGCUGAAUAUAAAUUAGGUGUUCAGUACCACAGAUUGCUUGCUGGGGAGAGAAAGCAACAAAGCAAAGACAAUCUACAGCGACAAAUGUCAAGACAUCACAUGAUGAACUGGACUCUUUUUUUUAUCCGUCAUGAUCUAAAUACCAGAUUUGAACAGAAUAUCAACAGGUCACAGAUAGAAUAAUCACUGCACAGAUUUAAGCAGCUUUUACUGAGUGGAGAUGCAUCUUUCUAUUUUCUUUUUCCUCCUGUUGUGGGCUCAAGCCUUGACAUUGAAAAACUUGAAUUACUCUGUCCCGGAGGAACAGGGUCCAGGAACUGUGAUUGGGAACAUUGCCAAAGAUGCCAGGCUUGGACUCGAACAGAUUGGGCAGGGAGGACAGGGUAAGAAAGCCAACUUUAGGGUGUUGGAGAACUCAGCCCCACAUCUUAUUGACGUGGACCCCCAAAGCGGACUGCUGUACACAAAGCAACGCAUUGACAGGGAAACAUUGUGCAAGAGAAACCCCAAGUGCCAGCUCUCUAUGGAGGUGUUUGCCAACGACAAGGAGAUAUGUAUGAUAAAAAUAGAUAUUCAGGACAUCAAUGACAACUCACCUGUUUUUCCUUCUGAUCAAAUUGAUAUUGACAUUUCUGAAAAUGCAUUGCCGGGGACUCGCUUUCCUCUGACCAGUGCACAUGACCCUGAUGCAGGGGAAAAUGGCCUAAAAACCUAUCAAAUAACUCGCGAUGACUACAAUCUCUUUUCCUUGGAGGUAAAAUCCCGAGGGGACGGGACCAAAUUCCCAGAAUUAGUCAUUCAACGUCCACUGGACAGAGAAGAACGAAGCCAUCACACUCUUAUUUUGUCAGCCACUGAUGGUGGAGAAUAUCCUAGAUCAGGUACAAUGCAGAUUAAUGUUAAAGUUAUUGAUUCCAAUGAUAACAGUCCGGUUUUUGACCAAUCAUCAUAUGUUGUAGAAAUUCCUGAAAAUUCACCUCCUGGAAAAGUAUUAAUUGAUUUAAAUGCCACAGACCCUGAUGAGGGAAACAAUGGUCAAGUAGUCUAUUCUUUUAGUGGCUAUGCCCCAGAGAGAAUCCGUGAGCUAUUCUCAAUAGAUUCUAGAACAGGGGUCAUAAAGAUUCAGGGGGAAAUUGACUAUGAAGAGAGCUCAGUGAUCGAGAUUGAUGUUCAGGCAAAGGAUCUAGGUCCCAAUCCAAUCCCAGGCCAUUGUAAAGUCACUGUUAAAGUGCUUGACAGGAAUGAUAACUGGCCAUCUAUAGGCUUUGUGUCUGUGAGACAGGGAGCCAUCAGUGAAGCAGCACCCCCAGGCACUGUCAUUGCUCUGGUCCGUGUCACAGACAAGGACUCUGGCAGGAAUGGGCAGCUUCAGUGUAGGGUUCUGGGUAAUGUCCCUUUUAAACUUGAGGAGAACUAUGAUAACUUCUACACAGUGGUGACAGACAGACCCCUGGACAGGGAGGUGCAGGAUGAGUACAAUGUCACUAUUGUAGCCAAAGACAAUGGUAUUCCUCCUUUAAACUCCACAAAAUCUUUCACUGUGAAGAUUCUUGACGAGAACGAUAAUGUUCCUCGCUUCACAAAGUCAGUCUACCUUCUUCAGAUUCCUGAGAAUAAUAUCCCUGGGGAGUACCUAGGUUCAGUUCUGGCGCAUGACCCAGAUCUGGGACAGAAUGGCACAGUGUAUUACAGUAUCAUCAACUCCAAUGUGAGUGGGGGAGAUGUCAACACCUAUGUUAAUGUAAAUGCAGCUAAUGGAGCCAUCUAUGCUGUAAGAUCUUUUAACUAUGAGCAAAUAAAGUACUUUGACUUCAAAGUUCUUGCUAAAGAUGCAGGAUCUCCACACUUAGAGAGCAAUGCUACUGUGCGCAUUAGUGUCUUGGACGUCAAUGACAACAUUCCUGUCAUAGUUUUGCCGCUUCUUCAGAACGACACAGCUGAAAUCCAUGUUCCACGGAAUGUAGGAGUUGGCUACAUUGUUACCACAGUGAGAGCAGUAGAUAAUGACUAUGGUGAGAGCGGAAGGCUCACCUACGAAAUCUCAGAUGGCAAUGAGGAGCACCUCUUUGAAAUUGAUCCUGUAACUGGGGAGGUCCGAACGGCCCACCCUUUUUGGGAUGAUGUAAGUCCCAUUGUGGAGCUGAUCAUUCGUGUGUCAGACCACGGCAAGCCAACUCUAACUGCUGCCGCCAGACUCAUUAUCAAAGCCUCCAACGGGCGUCCUCCAGAUGGACUUCCACACAUGAAAGACAAUCAAAACUGGGACAUGUCACUGCCUCUUAUUGUGACUCUAAGCAUCAUAUCCAUCAUGUUACUAGCUGCCAUGGUGACCAUAGCGAUCAAGUGCAAGCGGGAGAACAAGGAAAUUCGUACUUAUAAUUGUCGUAUUGCAGAGUACUCGCACCCACAGCUGGGAAAAGGCAAGAAGAAGAAGAUCAACAAGAACGACAUCAUGCUGGUGCAGAGCGAAGUGGAGGAGCGGGAUGCCAUGAAUGUGAUGAAUGUGGUAAGCAGCCCUUCCCUGGCCACCUCUCCCAUGUACUUUGACUAUCAGACACGCCUACCACUCAGCUCACCAAGGUCAGAGGUCAUGUACCUCAAACCCACUGCCAAUAACCUCAGCGUGCCCCAAAGCCACGUGGGAUGCCACACCAGCUUCACAGGCCCAGUCACCAGCACUACAGACACACCUACUAACCGCAUGUCCAUCAUACAGACGGACAAUUUCCCCACUGAGCCUAAUUAUAUGGGUAGCAGACAACAGUUUGUUCAAAGUAGUUCAACAUUUAAAGAUCCAGAGCGAGCCAGCCUCAGAGACAGCGGCCAUGGUGACAGUGACCAGGCUGACAGUGACCAGGACACCAACAAAGGCUCCUGCUGUGAUAUGUCUGCAAAAGAAGCUCUCAAGCUGAAGGCUGCAGGUGUGAAACCACCACCUUUGGAGCAAGAUGAGGAUUGUUUGAAUUGCACAGAGGAGUGCAGAGUACUGGGCCAUUCUGACCGCUGCUGGAUGCCUCAGUUCCCUGCAGGUGGAAACCAGGCAGAAGGCGUUGACUACCGCAACAAUAUGUUUGUACCGGCCGGGAUGGAGGUGGUUGCAGAGACAGAGACCUAUGAGACUGUCAACACCAAUGGCAAGAAAACAUUCUGCACUUUUGGCAAAGAGAGACGCGACCACACCAUUCUGGUAGCCAACGUCAAGCCCUACCUGAAAGCAAAACGAGCCCUCAGCCCUCUGCUGCAAGAGAUACCCUCAGCCUCCAGCAGUCCUACCAAGGGCUGCUCCACUAUGCCUCCGUGCUCUGUGGUCAAAGGCCCAGCAGAUGGGGCUGAGGGCAAACCUCCCCCAGCCAGCUGCUCUGUCCACUAUGGGCCACCUGAUGGUCAAUAUCUGUCACCUGCUAAACAAACAAGAGACCAAGGGGUCUACCCAUUGUUGCCUCCCUCAGACCCGGUGGCCAAGGUACUCGCAGAGGCCCGCUCCAGGAUCAGUCAGGAGGCAGUAGGUGAAAUGGAGUGUGUCCUGGAGCAGGCAGAACCAGAUUCAAACCGCGACGGAAUGGACGCUGACCAGGUGGUGAGAGACAUCGACAAACUAUUGCAGGACUGCAGAGAAAGUGAAGCCUCUGGCACACUGAGAAAGUGACUCAAAGGACUGCAACAAAAUGAAGUGUGAAGAUAAAGGUCAGAGUUUGUUGCUAUCCUAAGGACUCUCAUGCCAAAACUGUCACCAAAACAAAUGGAAAAGGUUAAAUGACUCUGGUGACCAGAUGUUUUCACUGUAUUUGUUAUAGAAAAAGUAAGAACACUGGACAGAAGAACUUUUAUUAUGUCAGUCAUGUGACAACCAACAAAAAAAGGAACUGACAUCUGACUUUUUCUGAAUUUCUAAACUUUUUUGGAUUCUUAAGCAAAUUGCAGGGGGUUUAAGCCUCUGGCACCUCGCAAGCUCUUAUCUAAGUGCCCACCAGCUCAUAUGUGUAUUGUUCAUGGUCUCUCGUGAAAUCCUACAUAUCUUUUUAAGUGUGCGUAGGUGGAUUUCUGUUUUGUGCGUUGGACAUUGAAACUGAAUAAAAAAGGACUACUCAUGGUCUGAAAUGACAAUCGAUGUGGAAAAAGAGAAACAAAAGCUGAUGUAUUCGGACAGUGAAAGACAGGAAUACACAACACAACGUUAGCUGUUAUUUUUAUUUUAAAUGAAUAAACAAUAAGUGUAGCGUGUAUUGGACCAGAUCUAUACCAGAAGAGAUUUUAUUUGGGGUAGGGUGGGGGGGUUGUUAUGGACCAGCUGGAUCUGUUUCAGUCGGAUUUAUUACCAGUGUAACCAUGUCUCACCUGUCAUUUUGUAACUACACGUGUAAGCUGUGUCUGUCUCACACCUCUAUUUAAAUGUUCAUGUUGCUGAGCAAUGUAGUCGCACGCACCAACGACAUCACAUGUGCACUAUCACUAAGCAGACACACAGGCCAACACAUUAACACACGCUGACGCCGCACCACAUGCAGAAACAUGCCGAAGCAGACGAAUGCUCACACACAACUGCCCAUCUGUGGAUUUGUCUUAUACAUGUACACCAUCAGCUUUUAGUCCCUUGUGUACAGUGAAUUAUCAUGUGUGUGACUAUGCCUUAAGGCAAUCAAGUUGUAUAAAAAGGGACAUUUCUUUCCCCAGCUGUGAAAAGAUAAUAUCUAUUUGGUUAUAUAGAUGACUGUAUGUAUGAAUCCAUGUAUAUUGUCCGAAUAUCAGCGAAAUAUUUAUACAUUUUAUAACAAGAAAAAAAAGAAAAUUUUAAGUGAAGUGUCCUAGAGCUGAGGUCAGGUGUAAGGUAUUUGAGGAAAGAACUGCAAAGGACACUGCCAUUGUUUCAAAGACAAAUAUCCAAAAAUAUUACAAAACAAGAAAAUGUCCCUUCACAUUGUCACUAUACAUAAUAUCAUUAUAUGUGUAUAUGUAUCCGAUUUAGAUGUGUUUACAUCAGAAAAACUGACAUUUUUUAUUGAUUUUACUGCAAUUUCUGUGCAUUUGAGCCAAAUUGUUAUGUGUACAAAAGCUAUAUUGUGUAUUUUAUUAAAUUAAUAUAUUGUUGUGUUGCAAUAUACAUGGGCUUAUAUUGUAUUUGGCAAAAGUUGCCUUAGUAGCUGUCGAACUCUGUGAGUUUGCUUUAGUUUGGGUUUCUGUUGGUGUUUCCUUUUUUCAUCUUUAUUCUGCAUCUUUGCAGGCAGGCUGGCCUCAGUGCUUUUGAGAUGUCGCCUCUUUUUACCCUGAGAUCCAGCUGGAUCAAAUACAAUAACUGUUAAAAGCUUAAUGAGCCAGCUGAUCUGGAAGACGAUUCAAACCAACAACAAAAAAGCAACAAAAAGCAGACAGUUUGACUAUUUUUACUGAGCAAAUUUUUAUAAGGCAGCAUUUUUCUUUAACAAUAGUAAGUCUGCAUAUUUCCUGUUCAUUCUGUUUCUACUUUCUUUCCAAAAAAGAGAAAAGAAACCCGCCAUACUGAAAGUGGAGUGGUUUCCUUGGUGAUCAUGAAACUGCCUUACUGUCUCUGCAGAGAGCUUGUUGUAUCUGUGGAGCUUUGUGACUGCUUCUUAAGCCCUGGUCCACCAGAAUGUGCAUUUCCUGUAAAGGACCAAAACAAGUUCUUUUUCAACAGUCUGUGUAGUUUAUGUAUGUACUUCUUCUUUAACUCAUGUUGGAAAUCUCAUACUUUGCAGAGAAACCUGACAUCUGAAUCUUUAUCUGAAGUUUCUUUGGAUUUGACGUGUUCGCUGUUUGUGUACAUGGUUUGUACAACCAGGUUUCUUUGGAUUCAGGAUUUCUUAAAAAAAAAAAAGGUUAUUUUUGAGAAUUUUGGCACAUUUUGGCCAGUCUGAAAUACUAACGCAGGGUGCUUUUUAAAAAAAUCCCUGAGUAAGGUACACAGAACAGUAGGCUACUUGAUGUGUUCUAGAAAAUGUAACCACAAUCACCAAAUGUAAAUAACCUGCAGCCAUGAGAGGGAACAGUGACCUGUUGUGGCAACUAGAUAUGUUGGAAGUAGAAUUUCAGCAGCAAACAUAACACAUGUUGGCAAAUCACAUACAUGUUUUUUUUUUUUGGACUUUCUGUGUUUGUGCAUUCAAUAAUCUGUUCUAUCUUCUGUUUUGCCUCUUUUUGACUUAUUUUUGCAUUUUGCUUUUCAUUCACUAACUUCUCUCCGUUUUGGCUGUUUGCUUACUCUCCUCGGAGGGGAAAAGCGAUGGUUGCCUUUUUUUCUCACUUUCAUCUAGAAACUAUUUGGUAUAGGUUUACCCUUGCUCUUUUUUACAGGAGAAAGACAGGGCUGUUUUUAGAUGGGGCUUAGAGGCUUUGACAGAGGAGCAAAAUAUUUAUGAUUCUUUAUUUCAAAUAUCUGGAUGAAUCAAGCAAGCCUUGGGAUCACAUUAUACAGGCAGCACAAACAGUUAAAUUUGCAGCUUGCGCUUCAGGUUUGAUGCAGACAGAAAUGCUAUCGCACACACUCAGAAACACCAGUGCAUUUAAGCAACACACUGCCUUUCAUGUAAAUUUAUAAGCACUGAAAUAGAAAUAAACACUGAAAGAGAGGGCAAAAACAUUACCAAGUCAAAUUUGACUUCCUUAUUUGCCCUAAUGAUUUUUUCCUUGUUUAGCUAAUUUGUCUACUUCUUAGCUUGAACAGGCAUUCUUCAUUUAUGUGCUCGCUUGCUUGAUUUCUGUACAUAUUCUUUAGUUUCAUUCUAUCUCCACUUCUGUAACCUCAAUAUUUAAUUCCAACUCAGAUCAAACUUCUAUUUUAUUGUUCUUCCUUUUUACUUCUGCAUUAAUCAAAGCAGGGGUGCAAAGUCUUCACAGGAUUCAUUGUUUUCACUCUUGCUGUCACAAUUAAAAGGACUGUCCCCUCUAAUGGUGUUCCCUUGCCCUGGUCACUGUCUGCACGCUUACAAACCAAGGGUAAGGAAAUGCGCAGGGUCCAGUUGAUAGAAGGAACUUUCUAAAGCCAUGGCCCCCUUUUCUCAGGCUAUUUGCUGUUUAAUAGAUCAGAGGCUGCUGUUCGGGGCCAACGCAUAGUUUGGCCUCAGAAGUUUAGAGAUUGAGCGUACUGUGAGGUCUCUCAUUAUUGUUUAAUUACACACAGGCAUCUUACACUGUUGGCAGUGCAUUACCCAAGCCUAGAGUGUGAUAUUUUUGCCCACUUGAGACUUGUUGGCUUUACCAAGCGACUAGGGAAGGGCCUUGUUGAAUGUGGCUAACCACCUCUGGUCUAUUACUCACACUGAUGCGAGUGCACACAGACUCAGACAGUCACUGCUUCACAAACACACAGACAACCAGACAAUAUGCCUUUUUGGUUUGUUAAUAAGCACCCAAUGAUGUCAGUGUUUUUCCCUCACCCACACUGAUAGCAUAGGGCUCCACCCUACCAUGAGCAGCUGAUGAGAAGAGCAGACAUUUUUAUUUGUGUGGAUUAUUUUAACUGCUAUUGUCUAAAGGCUGUGUUCAUUGUGAUCUAUCUGAAGUAAAAAAUAAUAAUAAAAGUGCAAAGAAAAAGGAAAUAAA